AUGACCCAAGCAAUAAAGCAGCUACCAAUAAAAGAAUUCGACUCAUCCCUAGAAAGGCUGGAAAAAGAGAAUUUUGAUUUAAAGCUGCAAAUAUCGCACCUUCGAUCAAGGCUUAAUGAGCUGACAAACUCUUCCCUCACGUUCAUUCCAACCUGUGACUGCAAAAGAACAAAAACAGAGACAAAGGAUGUUCUCUCUGAAGUAAAGGUAGAAAUGAAGAACCUUCUUGACCAGAAUGAAAUGAUAAAGUCACAGAAUGCGGCCCUUCUAGAAAAGCUAGAAGAAGUCCAGUAUGAAAAUGAGUCUCUGCGAAAGGACUGCAUAAAGCUUUCCCAUCACAUCAGCGAGAAAACAAAAAAGGAGUCAGAGAAUAAAAAUGUUCUUCAAGAGAUGAAGGACGAGAUAGAAACAGUAAAAGAAGAGCUGGAAGGAGUAGAAAAGAUAAAGCAGCAGAAUAAAAUGCUAAAAGAAGAGUAUAUGGCCCUUGAUAAGAUAUCAAAGAAAUUAGAGACCGAGUACAAAGAAGAAUACUCUACUUUUACAGCAGAAAAUGCGUCUCUUAAGCAAAUGAAUGCUCAUAUAAAGGAAAGGAUGAAGCAACUAGAAAGAGAGGUUAACGAAAAAAGUGAAAUGAACCGGCAGCUAUCAAAUGAAAAUCACGAGCUAAGCAGGGAAAAGAUGGAAUUACAGCAGAAUAUAAGAAAUUUGGAAUCUCUACGCCAGAACAUACAAAGUCAAUUAUUGGUAAAAACAGAAGAGGCAAAAAAGGCAAAAGAGGUCGGAGAACAGCUUGUGAAUGAAAUAAGAUCAAAGAGCAAGCACACGCAACUGCAGAAAGAAGAAGUAGAGAGAAGAGCGGAGGACAUAAUUAAAAACAGAGAUGCAACAAUAAUCCAACUGAAAGAGUAUUUAGCAAGGAGUACAGCUAAGAUGCAGAAUGUAAAUAUAAAAGUAUCGACAGUUCAGAAUGACUUGUGCCAUUAUGUUAAAUACCUUACGUCACUGAUCCAGAGGAUAACAAAGAUGUCAAAUGAAGUGGAUAGGUCUAAAUCUCUGGUAGGUGCAACUCUUAACCAGUGCAGGUCAAAGAUAGUUCAUAUAACCAAUGAUUACUCACAUAAGCAAGACACAAAAUUGCAAAAGGAAAAAGAGUCAAUGCAAACCAUUAUACUUGAUGCAAAAAGAGAAAUUGAGAGAAUAAAGGCGGAAAAAGACCGGCUGCUAACUGAAAGGGAUGAUUUGGUAAACAGGCUCCACAUUGCCCCAAGCACUCUUAAAAUAGCCAGAGAUCUUGGUGUGAAUGAAUUUACUACAAUAGAUAACCUAUUCAUUACAUGGAAAAAUACACAGGAGCAAUUGUUAAGAAAUAUAGAGAGAAGGCACAAGGAAGAAGAGGCUGGCAGAAACAACAAGUUAGAGGAGUUUCAGAAAAAGCUGGCUGAAGCAGUUGCCGAACUUAAUUUCUGCCGGGCCUACCUUGAAGAAAAAAAGAAUAUAAUUAAAUCCAUUCGAAAGCAGCAGGGCACGCCCUCUAUUCUAAGCAGAAUAGAUGUAUUGAAUAAGUAA